AUGUGUAAAUUCUCUCACGUGGACGGCAACUUUUUCAACCCACAAGAUACUAAAUUUGAACAUGUGGCGCGGUGCCGGGCCCAGGCCAACACGAUUGCCUCGCCGUGGACGCCGCUGUCCGGGCCCGGGGACGCCGACAAGGGCCUGGACCUGGACGUCGGGGACUGCGAUGACGACAAGGACUUGGCGGCGGCCGACGCGGAGGGCGUCUGGUCGCCCGACAUCGAGCAGUCCUUCCAGGAGGCGCUGGCCAUCUACCCGCCGUGCGGCCGCCGCAAGAUCAUCCUGUCCGACGAGGGCAAGAUGUACGGACGGAACGAGCUUAUAGCAAGAUAUAUCAAGUUGAGAACAGGGAAGACAAGAACACGCAAGCAAGUUAGCUCACACAUCCAAGUGCUCGCUCGGCGUAAACUCCGGGAGCUCCAAGCUAAGCUAAAGCCCCCGAGACUAGGCAUCUCAAGUGAUCUAGCCACUGACGAUGCAGAUUCAAACAGCACUGCACAGCACAGCGCGCUUCUUGCAAAGUUCUGGCAACCCGGCCUUCAACCUGGGACUUCCCAAGAUGUCAAGCCGUUCAGUCAGUCAGCAUAUGCCGCUGGGAAGCCAGCUGCUGCUGUGUCAUCCCCUGACAUGGCCCUGCAAGCUGCACCACCACCAGCCUGGGAGGGAAGAGCCAUCGCUACCCACAAACUGAGGCUUGUAGAAUUUUCAGCCUUCAUGGAACAACAACGAGACGCAGACAAUGUCCAUACGCACCUGUUUGUACACAUAGGUGGCACGGUUACUUAUUCAGAUCCACAAUUAGAGAGAGUAGACGUUCGUCAAAUUUAUGAUAAAUUCCCUGAGAAGAAGGGAGGAUUAAAAGAAUUGUAUGACAAAGGUCCACAAAAUGCUUUCUUCCUUGUCAAAUUUUGGGCUGAUCUCAAUACAAACAUAACAGAAGUAUCUGAAGCAUUUUAUGGUGUUUCUAGUAUGUACGAGAGCACUGAGAACAUGACAAUAACGUGCUCGACAAAAGUGUGCUCUUUUGGCAAACAAGUUGUGGAGAAAUUAGAAACAGAGUACGCAAGGUUUGAGAAUGGAAGAUUUGUCUACCGUAUCCCUCGCUCGCCAAUGUGCGAGUACAUGAUAAAUUUCAUUCAUAAAUUAAAACAUCUCCCUGAAAAGUACAUGAUGAACAGUGUGCUUGAAAAUUUCACCAUUCUUCAGGUGGUUACAAAUCGUGAAACACAAGAAACAUUAUUGUGUAUAGCAUAUGUCUUCGAAGUUUCAACAUCUGAACAUGGUGCACAACAUCACAUCUACAGGCUUGUCAAGGAUUAACCAGCUUGGUAGAAGUGUUGUAUGAUAAAUUGACUGGACCUUUAUAACGUCAUGUGAUGCCAUGCACAUUGACCAUUCAUUUACUUGCUCUCCAGCAGUGCCUAAUUUUCACCUACUUUGAAAUGGUCUGAGUAUAUUGUAUUGUGUCUUUUUUUUUAUUAAUCUAGCAGAUGUAAAGAAUAUGGUGAGCGAGAUGCGCCCUAUUGCCCUGUAUGUGAAUGUUUACUGUACUUUCUUCAAAGACCCUUUAUCCAGUAAAGAUUUCAUGUUUCUAUGUCCCUCAAUGGUUUUUAUUAAAUAUUGUGUGUAUUCAUGUUGUAAAUACUUAUGAGUAACAGGUAAUUAAAAUUAUAGCAAUGACAUGCUGGGCAGUAUGGCGACUUUACACAAGGCAGCUCAUGUAUCACACUCGUUAGUUUUUAUUGGCAUGAAACUUGAUUUUUUUUCUGUCUUCUUUGUUGAUAAGAGACUUUUCUUUAUUUUGUUGUUAUAGGAAAUUGGCUUUCCUACAAACUUUAAGGCAGCUUUUUUUCUAUGUAUGGAGUUUAUUUUGUUUAAAGCCUAUAUCUAUGUUAUAUAAAUUUUGUUUAUGGAAUCUUUGACAGAGUGGGAAUCGGUUACAGGAAUGUUUCAUGUCAGUGAAACACUGAUGAGUGAAACAGUGGAGUGUGUCAAUUUUGUACAUGUCCAAACUUUCUCUUUAUGGAAAGAUUUGCAUAUGACUUGUCUGCUAGUGGUCAUGUGCUGCCUCAUAGGGACCCUGCAAUCUUUUGAUCUCUCCUUUAGUCAAAACUACGCAUUCAGGGUGAGUUAAAAAUGUCAUAUUUUAAGAGAUUUUCACAUGAAUAGACUGUGAGAAACUUUAUUGUCUAAGCCAAAUUUUUUUUCCAAAUGUUGCGGUUUGGAUAAGUUAGUUGUAUCAGAUUGUUUCUUUUUAGAUAUUAUAUAGCAUCACUAUUGUGUAUGAAAGAAAGUAAUGAACAAAACUCUAUAUUUAUCAAUUUAUCUUCUGUGAAGAUUGUAAAGGUAGACCUUAACAUUAAUAUCCUGUCAUAACAAUUUGUUCCAUUUUGUGUGUGUUUGUGGCUGAGUGGGCAAAACUGCUAUUUGACUACUUUCUCUAGCUGUGUGCGGCCGUCCUGUCCUGCCCUCUUCUUCUUUUCACAAAUGUCUUUGAUGGAACACUAGGUUUCUCACUCAAGUUUUUCUGGAAUUGUAUGUGUUGAUUGGAUUGGUCUGCUCAUAUUGUACCUAAACUUUUUGCUUUCUAAUUUGAGCAUUUGCGUUUAAUAGCAAAGUAAAAGCAAAUUACUAGAGUUAAAUUUGUUGGCUGAUGACUGCACAAGUUAAUUUGGUUUGUUUCAAUUUCUCUUGAGACGUUAUGAAUUGACAAUAAGCUGAUUCUUACUUUGUUUUUUGCUUCAUGAAUUCACACGCAAGACCCAAUGUGGUUUUUCUUUAAAUUUCAUUAUAAUGAUUUUUAUUACAAUUUCUUCAAACAUGUGUUGUUUUUGUGUAAGAGACUGAUCCCAAACAGCAUGAAAAACUGAGUGCAUGAAUAUACUUGUUUCAAGACGUAUACUUUCCCCUGAUAGCAACUUUGAUAUGAUUAUCAUAGUUUUCUUUUACCUCCUGAUUUAUCUCUCUCACUCUUUUUCAUAAGUGUGUUUUGCCCCCUAUAUGUGAUUUAUUUGUGGAUGCUUGGAUGCUUAUGCGUUUUGAAUCAUCAUAGCAGCAUAUCACUGCUUGUACUUAACACUUGGAUGCACCGUCAGUUGGGGAAAAAAAGCAUUUUGCUGAUCCUUUUUCUUUUGUGCUAUUCAGUUGAAAGGAUAAAUAAUUGUCUUGUGGCCAUAUCUCUUAACUGCCAUAUCAGGUCAUAUCUAUGAGUUUAAUAUCCAGUUAUUGUGAUUUGAAAGUUUGUUCUGGCUCUCCCUCUGAUUUAAAUUUGUAAACUGGCAUUUAACAGCAGGCAAUCAUUAGCUUUUUAACCACCAGACAUUACUGGCAGUCAAAGGACAAAAUUUAAUCAACACAUUAUAAGUAUCUAGUAAAUGUUUCUUUCCAAACUAUUCUUUUCCUUUAAAGAAAUAGAUUUUGUAUGAUUUGAUUUAUGAUGAAUGACUGUUGUGCUAGCUUCAAAAGCCUGCAUUAGCAACCUAGCAAGCUGGUAUGUGGACCACGUGAAUGCCCCCAAACUGCUUAACAAAUUUCUGCAUGUCUGAUAUGUACGUUGGUCGUGAUCUUUCUCCUAUAAAUUUAAUGUCCCUGAAAGACAUAAAUAUUGUAAUUUAAACUGAAAGUAUUAUUUGUGUAGACUUAUCAAGAGAAAUGUUGGUCUAUUAUGUAAAGUAGGUAUUAGCAUGCAGUGAUAGUGUUUUUCGUUUUUUUUUUUUUUUUAGACCACAUUAUUUUAACUUAUGUUUGAUUCUUACGUCAAAUCAUUCUUAAGAUCAUUGAUUCAUUUCUCCUUAAUUUUUAUCAUCUAUUGUGAUAGAACUUGUUUCUCUGACAUCAUUUGAAGACAAAUUUAGUUGUGAUGUCUUGCUGACACUGUGUAAGUAUAUGCAUCGAAGGAGUGUAAUUUAAUAAGAUUGAGAACUUUUUAUAUGACCCUGAUUGACAUAGUUGCAAUUUGUAUAGAACCACUCUGAAAGUGUUAAACACUAUUUUGUACAAAGUUGCUUAAUUCGGAUACAGAAACAAAAUGUUGCCAUAUAUAUAAAUAUAUAAUAUAUAUUUUGAAUUAUUGAAUAAAUAUGCAGUUGUAAAAUGGUUUUAAAAAAAUGGAAGUUUGAUAGUAAUGAAGGCCUGAAACUGGCCAUCAUUUUCUUUAUACAGAGAGCAGCUACAAUUGCUUUGUUUUCGUUCUUUUUGAUAAAAUGAAUGUCUUUGUAAAA